CCUGGUUUUUGUUAUUUUGUGCGAUAAUCGAUAAAACGGACGUGAUUUUAGUUAAGUAAUUGCCGAUAAUGGUGUUUUUAUUAUUUGUGUUUUUUGUUGGGGUGAAAAAACGUAGCGUCCGUGGUGUUUUUGUCGGCGUUGUGUUGGCGUUCUGCGGGAGUGGCAUACCUUGCGUCAACUAGGUGCUAGUGUAACUUGUGAUGUUUUGCUAGCCCCCUUGUAGUGUGAAUAAUGUGCGUGCGUGUUGUUUAGCGAAAAUGUUCCGUUGUAUACCGAUUUUCAAGGGUUGCAACCGACAAGUGGAGUUCGUAGACAAGAGGCACUGCUCCCUGCCCACGGUCCCCGAAGACAUCCUGCGCUACUCGCGCAGUCUGGAGGAGCUCCUCUUGGACGCCAACCACAUCCGCGAUCUUCCAAAGAACUUCUUCCGGUUGCACCGGCUGAGGAAGCUCGGUUUGAGCGACAAUGAGAUCCACCGACUGCCCUCCGACAUCCAGAAUUUCGAGAACUUGGUCGAGUUGGACGUGUCGAGAAAUGAUAUCCCCGAUAUUCCGGAGAGUAUUGGGGCGCUCCGGUCGCUCCAAGUGGCCGAUUUCAGCUCAAACCCUAUACCGAGACUGCCUCCGGCCUUCAGCCAACUCAAGUCUUUGACGGUUUUGGGGCUGAAUGAUAUGUCGUUGUCGUCGUUGCCCCCAGACUUUGGCAUGCUCACCGCAUUGACCUCUUUAGAGUUAAGAGAAAAUUUGCUCAAGGAGCUACCACCAAGUCUGGCGCAACUCACGCGAUUGGAGAGAUUAGAUUUAGGGGAUAAUGAGAUUGAGGAGUUGCCGCCCCAUAUCGGUCAAUUACCGGCCCUGCAAGAACUCUGGCUCGACCACAAUCAAUUGCAAAGCCUUCCUCCCGAAAUCGGGAAUUUAUCGAAUUUGACAUGUCUCGAUUUAUCCGAGAACCGUCUCGAGAGUAUUCCGGACGAAAUCGCCGGUUUACAAAGCUUAACCGAUCUACAUUUAAGCCAAAAUGUCCUCGAAACCCUCCCGGACGGCAUCGGCAAGCUCGAAAAACUCACCAUUUUAAAAGUGGACCAAAACCGUUUAACUUCCCUCAAUUCACACAUAGGUUUUUGUUACAAUUUACAAGAAUUGAUCUUAACCGAAAAUUUCCUAACCGAACUGCCGAAAGAAGUCGGUAAAUUAACCAAACUGACGAACUUAAACGUCGACCGAAAUAAUCUAACUACAAUUCCCGACGAGUUAGGGAAUUUGCACGAAUUGGGCGUUUUGAGUUUACGCGAUAACCGCCUAACUUUAAUCCCUGAUACUUUAGGGAAUUGUAAGCGGUUACAUGUUUUGGACGUUUCUGGCAAUCGAUUGCCUCAUCUUCCAUACAGUUUAUUGCAAUUGGAUUUGAAAGCUGUUUGGUUGAGCGAAAAUCAAGCACAACCGUUGCUCACCUUCCAGACUGAUACGGAUGAGACGGGCAAAGCCGUCUUGACGUGCUUUUUGCUACCGCAACAGGAGUACCAACCCACGAUAGCCUCUGACGGUCGUUUGUUCCGCUGUGACGUGACAUCGUCAUUAUCUAACGGUGCUAUAGCUACCACAGAUGAUGCAGCCAGCGAUGAAGAUUGGGAAGAAAAGGAAGCAAGUCGUACCCAUUCGGUUAAAUUCUCCGAUCCACAAGAUCAAGAUAACAAAGAGACUCCUUUCGUGCGUCAGAAUACACCGCAUCCGCGUGAACUUAAAGCCAAAGCGCAUAAAUUGUUCAGUAAGGGACAGAAUUCGUUGGAAGAUAGUGAUUUGCAUACGGGUCAAGUUGUCGAAGCGGUUAAUACGACGAUACAGAGGCCACAAACGCCGCCACCGCCGCCUCCACCACAAGUUGUAAGGGAGGAGGUGAUUGGGAACGGGGAGGAGCACAGUGAAGGCGAGGAGGAGACGGUGGAUGAAUUGGUGCCGAAACGUGUGGGAUUCACCGGUCCCAUACCAAUCGGUGAAGAAAUCGACCCAACAUCGCGUCCUAGUCGAUUACAUCGUCGCGAUACUCCUCAUCAUCUUAAGAACAAACGAAUCACAGCGACGAUCGACAAAGAUAAGGUCGCUUCCAUCAUUGCACAGGCAUUGAAACGUCGUGAAGAUGACAACAUCAGCGACAGAAUGAGCGUUUCCACACCGCCAGAGUCGGAAAGGAGCGCAACAAGCAGUCAAGCCGGCGAAACAGACUCUGUGGUGGAACUCCGUGAAGAAAAAUACGAGAUCCACAUCGAGCGUUCCAACACCGGCCUCGGCCUGUCAAUCGCCGGUGGCCGUGGUUCCACCCCUUUCAAAGGUGACGACGAAGGCAUUUUCAUAUCACGCGUCACCGAAAACGGCCCCGCAGACCUAGCCGGCCUUAAAAUCGGCGAUAAAGUUCUCUCCGUGAACGGCGUCUCCGUAAUCGGCGUCAGCCACUACGACGCCGUCGAAGUCCUCAAAGAAUCCGGCCCUGUGCUCAUCCUCCAGGUGUCGCGCGAAGUCACAAAAUUCGUAAAACGCCCCGAAAACCCAACAACCCCUCAACCCCCACCACCUUCCGACGACGUUAUCCUAAACAAGGUGUUAGUGCACACGACCCUAAUCAGAGACUCGCGCGGUUUGGGGUUCAGUAUAGCCGGAGGCAAAGGCUCUCAGCCGUUUAAGGCCGAUUCGGAGGCGGUGUACGUGUCGCGUAUCACCGAAGGGGGUGUCGCCCAUAAAGAUGGGAAAUUGUGUGUGGGGGAUCGUGUGGUGUCGAUAAAUGGGGUUGAUUUAACGGGGGCGUCGCACGAUCAAGCCGUCGCGAUGUUGACGGGUUUGGAACGAUUCGUACGCUUAACGGUGGAGAGGGAGGUGCCGGUGACGAAGGGGGAGGAGGUGCAAAUCAGUGGGGGGAUGCAACAGUCGCCCAAAGUGUUUGGGGUGCCUAAACCAUAUACGGGACUUUAUUCGGCGAAUAGUUAUAUGGCUAAUCGGCCAGGAUAUACGGGGUAUCGGAGGUCGUUGGAGGCCGAUAAAAAGACUGUUGCACCAAUAAGCGAUCAGCUCCAAGAAUCGCCAAAAACAAACGGCAUCGUCCACGAAGUGCCAAAACCGGCGCCGCGGCGCAUCUCAGCCGCCGCCACUACGCCGCCGCCGCCAAACGACAAGAAGGCGGCGCCGUCGACGCCGCCACCGUCCAUCGUCGACGGCGACGACGCACAGGUACUGCCGAAGCCAAUCACCAACGAAGAGUUCCAAAACAUGAUUCCCCCCCAUUUCCUCAAAUCAAAUAAAUCACAAACCAAUAAUAAUAACAAUAAUCCCGAUACCGUAAAUGCCGUUACCGUUACCAUUAAGAAGCCAGAUCCGAUCGAGUUGCCGCCCGCGCCCUCUGGGCCCGGACGCGUCACUGAAACCAUCACCAAGAGUACCUUUACGGAAACAGUGGUCACUCGCAUCACCGAUAAUCAGCUGAUCGUGCCCGUUAUUAUCGAGGACGUGACUUUGAGCAAAGCCCAUGGCUCACUCGGAUUCAGUAUUAUCGGCGGUACCGACCAUUCCAGUAUUCCGUUCGGUGUCAAAGAACCGGGAAUCUUUAUCUCGCACUUGGUACCUGGCGGUACGGCCGCCAACUGUGGCAAACUUCGAGUCGGUGAUCGAAUUUUAAAAGUGAAUGGAACUGACGUCACACAAGCCACCCAUCAAGAGGCCGUAAUGGAGCUAUUACGCCCUGUGGAGAAAAUAACGCUGACGGUACGGCACGAUCCGUUACCGGACGGAUAUCAGCAACUCAUGAUUUCGUACGUUGAUGCGAAGGAACUGGUGAUCGAAAAGGGCGAGAACGAAAAACUGGGCAUGCACAUCAAGGGCGGCUUGCAGGGCCAGCGUGGCAACCCAUUGGACAAAUCCGACGAAGGCGUUUUCAUUUCGAAAAUAAAUUCCGCUGGAGCGGCGCGUCGCGACGGCCGAUUGCGCGCCGGAAUGCGUCUUCUGGAAGUCAACGGCAAGUCACUUUUAGGCGCAACGCAUCAAGAAGCCGUUAACACGCUACGUUCAUGCGGAAACGUCAUAAAACUGGUCGUUUGUAAAGGCUACGACCGAUCCGAAGUCGACAAGGCGAUUGCCGAGGGUCGUCUCACGCGCGCCGGGUCGGUCAGCAGUCGCUCGCAAAGUGUCAGCUCACUUGAUGUGCCCGACGAAGACGUACAACACGAGCAAAAUAUCAAGUCGGAAAUCGUCCAAUUCGAGAAAGAACAAGAAGCCGAAAAACGACUCAAAUUGACCGAAAAUUCCGACGAUGAGUUGCAUUUAGUUGAAGCCAAAGCUUCGACAACACCGGCCGAUAAGGUGCUUGAUGUGGUGCGAGCCGUCGAAACGUUGGCCGAAAAUUCGGUACCUCCCAAAUCGCCAGGUGGACCGAAUUCCGAACUGAAAACCACGACCAUUGUUAUGAGCAAACAUACGCUCGCACCGACGACGACGGCGAAAAUCCCUAACCCCGCCCCGACUCCUCCCACCACACCCACUCGCCUCGAAUCGAGUCUCGAGAAUCUCGUAAUCCCGCCUCCUGACGGCUACUCCGAGGACGAAACUCCGCCCGAAUUGCCCAAAACGCCGAAACCAACACUCGAUUUGCUCAAAAGUAGCCAAUCGCUUGAUUUGUUGUGGGAGGGCGGGGCCAAGCCGGCACCGCCUCCACGGCCACAAUCGCUGGUCAUAGCCAAUAAACACGUCCGGUUUUCUAACCAGCCGCCACAAUCACCGAAAAAAUCGACAGUUAGUGAUAAGAAAAAAUUCUUUGAGACUGCAAUGGAGGAGAGUCAGAAGCCGCCUCCAAAACUUGACAAAGUUUUCACUUAUUUAAGCUCCGACGAACUGGAAAAACUCAAAGCCGAAGAAGAACGAAAAAUUGCGAGUCUUUCGCCCGAAAUUUUGGAUCAUUCCGACAGCGAAUCGAUUGAUUCGCAGCAUACCAGCGUGUCCCAUCAUAGCAAUAUCGGCGUGGUGCGCACGGCGAAGGCCGAACGUCGUCUCAAGGACAAAUUACGUGAAGAAGGUCUUUUGACAGAUGAAGAUGACAGUGCAUCGCAUCUGUCACCGGCCGAAGAAAGGGCCUUAAGGGCCGAAAAAAGGGCCGCUUGGAGGGCAGCACGUCUCAAAUCGCUCGAACAAGAUGCAAUUCAGGCCCAAAUGGUUAUUAAAUCAAUGACAGAUAUGGUAGGAGCCGGGGAAUUACCGCCAUCGGAAAAAGAUGAGCAGGGCUCAGGUACUAACAGCAUUGCAUGUGUUGUUCAGCUGAGGCCAUCUAGUGCCGAUUUUCCCAAGUUGGCCGUGCGUAGUAAACCCGGCAACACAACAGUGAGAGAAAGCGAGAAGGUGAUAGAUGAGAAAGUGACACAACGUACUGAAGAAUAUAUCGAUGACGUCACAGGCGAAAAACGAGUUAGGACGGUCGAAUAUGUCGAGAAGCUGAUAGAGAAAGAGGUGGAAACACUUCAGGAAAAAAUCAUUUCGUUAGAAUUAACCAAACCCGAAGACUUUGUUCCGCUCAAUGGAGCCAAUAAUGACCUUGAGACCGCGUCAGAGCCGCCUACUCCGACCACUGGCGAUGAAAAACCUUUCGAUGAGGAAAACACAAGUGCGAAAAAACGUCGGAAAAAACGGUCGAAAAAGGGCAAACAUUGAACUUUAAUAGUUUAAAGACAUCACGUUUCUACAGGGUGGAUGGGUUUUAUUUUUAAGAGUAUAUAAAUUAUUGUUAUGUACAAAGUAUUUAAUGUAUUAUGUAGGCUCCAAGGCUUGUUUUUUAACACUUUUCACUGUGGUGGUACGAUUUUAUACAAAGACCUCCUAAUUCGCUUUGGAUUUCAAAUUUUAAUAAAUAAUUCAAAUGAA